AUGGGUAUUUUCACCGAGGAAGUACAAAAGACUUCCAUCACCCUCUACAUUGAGCGAUUAUCCAACUAUGAGGAGAUCGAUUGGUACAUAGUCCAGCAGCUGACAGAAUCGAUCCAGAUGCAGGAAUCUGGUCCUCAUGAAGCUAUCGAGGCUGUUCGUAAGCGGCUCAAGCAUGGUACAACUGGUCAAAAGUUGAGAGUGAUCGAGGUCCUCAAGCUACUAUUGGAAAACAGCAAUGAAAAGUUUCGUCGGCAGUUGCUGGCAAACGACAAGAUGAAGGAACGCCUUGAUCUUAUUGUCAAUUCGUCGGUUGAGGAUAUCAAGGUGCGCAAGGCCACGCUUAGUAUGCUCGGAGCUGUUGCCGUCAAGUUCAAGAAUGAGCCAGGCAUGUUUGCACUUGGCGAGUUAUAUGAAAAGGGUCGCAAUAGGUUACCAGGAAAAGCAUCAGCUUCAACAUCGAGAUCUUCACCUCCAAAUGGUUCACCACGCCUUGGUUCAUCAUCCCCAACAACAACAGUGACCCCCACUACUACAGUCGAGCCUCCAAUGCCUCCAAGACCACAAAAACGACAAUCCCUCCCUCCUGCAGCACGUAAAUCUGAAGCUGUCAAAACAAAGCCACGAAGCAGCAGCACAGCUGGUAGUCGACCUUUUGCCAGUGGCAGUCAACGCACCUUCAAUUUGGAAAAGGAGAAGCCCAAGAUCAUUAAUGAAGUUGCAUUGGCUAACCAGAACGCCAAUAACCUUGUCAAUGCACUCAGAUUUAUCAACACAACGGAGGAUCGAUGGGAGAUUGAUUUACAACAUGAUGCACGUUUGCAGGGUUAUCGUCAGCGUUGUGAGGAAUCCAAAAAGAAGAUUGUACGAUAUGCACGUUUAGUGGAAGACGAAGAAUGGAUUGGCACCUUGUUGGCAACCAAUGAAGAAUUACUCAAGGCGAUGCAAAUGUACGAGCUCAUGUCGGUUGGCGAAGUGCCUUUAGAUUUGCCUUCUCCUACAUCACCUAUCGAAGGUACAACAUCCCCUACGACCACUCGUUCGCCACCUCCUCCACCUGUUCGUUCACAAGAUUUAGCACGUGACCUGGCUGAUCUGCAAUUGACUCAAAAUGAAAGCAACGUCACUGAUGAAGAUGCCAACAACCCCUUUGCUGAUCCUGUCACGCCAGUUGAAGACAUUCCAGCAGAGAAGAGACGACUGGGGUAA